AUGGGCAAAAAUGCCAAUCCAACGCCAGCAAACUGGCCGGCAAACCUACCCUACCUCUCCCAGCCCUCGCACGCAGCGCAUCUCAGCAAACACCAAAUAACGGCGCUCAGGACGCGACCAGCAGACCUAACCACCGAGGUCCCACUCAGUCUACCCCGGGGUCCCUCGACGCUGGUCCGCAUCACCCCCAUUGCAGACCCAGGACACCCAGCCAACGGGCAAGCCGGGCUCUUUGCCUCGCGGCCCUUGGCGCCGGGAUCCCUCAUUCUGCCGUACUACGGCAUCGUGCACUCGGCCGCGCCGCCGCACUGCGCGGCGCACGAGGCCAGCGACUACGAUCUCUGGCUGGACCGCGAGGCCGAGGUGGCCGUCGACGCCGCCGCCGCUGGCAACGAGGCCCGCUUCGUUAAUGACUACCGCGGCGUGCGCGCCCGGCCCAAUGCAGAGUUUCGCGAGUGCUGGGAUCCGCGCGUCGGGCAAAAGUGCAUGGGUGUCUUUGUGCUGCCGGCUGGGAAGAAGGCCGUCUUGGGCAAGGGCAAGGGCAAGGCCGAUGGUGCUGCGGGGAUUGCCAAGGGCGAGGAGAUUUGUGUUAGUUAUGGAAAGGGAUUCUGGGGAAAGAGAAAGGUUGAGGAGGAAGAUGAGCUCAAUUAUGCGAACGAACCUACUCAAGGAGCCUAA